AUGGGCCGCGAUGCGACGCCAGUCCUCAAGGGAGUGAAAUGCAUUGUGGAUGUGCGCAUGUCGGCAGGUGAUGCGGACGUGGACUGCUCAGCGGCAGUCAGCGAGAAGCUGGUGCACCUCGGAGCGAAAGUCGUGAAGCGGUUGGGCAGAGACACGACCCACGUCGUGUGGCUCAAUGGCAAUCGCAAUGUUCGCGAAGACACCCUCAAACGGAGCGAGGUCAAGCUCGUUGGGCCUCUAUGGGUCGAGGCGUGCCUUCAGACCGCGACGCGUGUCCCCGAGACAAAGUUCUUUCCUAGUGACACCCCCGCCAACCAGUCGACGCCUUUGCCAUCUCCCGCAGCCGAGAAGAAGAAACGGCGGCGGUCGAGCUUGAUGGAACCUCGCCGAGAAGACGUGUUUGAUGAGUUGACUACUCCAAUCAAGAAGACUCGCAGGCAAACCUUGGACGCAGUGACCCCAAUGGCGAUAACGCUCACACCGCAAGAAGGUGUAAGCGCCCGCAGUCUGAGCCUCCGUCGCCGGUCCAGGUCUCCAGAAUACGACGAUAUCUCGCAACCAACGGAGGCUUCUACAAACUUGUCCACUGUGGACGAAGUUGCCGAGCCUCCAUCGCAAUCAGACACUCACAGCUCACGACAAAGCGUCGGGUCCAACCAUGCCGCCGCCACCACCCCCGCAAAACCAACGACAUCCCCUGCCAAAACCGUGGUUAAAUCUCUUUGUACACCUGCAUCCAGUGUCCAAGCAACCUCGGCCCACCGAGCUACUCCCAAGCACACAAAAAACCCGCCUCGCACGUGGCCGUGUGUGUCGUGUACGUUUGAAAACCCCCGAGUCGCCAAACGCUGCAAGAUGUGCGGGACGUCCUCGACGGGAGUUGAACCAUCGCAGCUUCUGGUGGGAUCAAUCGCCAAGAAGCACGACGACAUCAGCAGCAGAUCCAACAAGCCAGCGACGCGACUGGCUACCAAGCAGCCACCGCCCGUGGAACCAAACACUCCUACCCCUCAAGUAUCGUUGCCUCGCAAGAAGCAACCGUCGACGACGCCCAUCGGCACCCCCAAGCAAGGCCACCACCCGCCGACGCCGCCUCGUCGCGGCAACACCAGUUCGUUGAAAUCGAUUCCGGUUGUUAAGGUGGCCACCCCCGUCAAGGCCAAGGUGAAAGCUGCGAAGCCAAGUGCAGCGAGAACCUCCAAGAAGGAAGGAACGUCCACUGACGUAGCGCCGAAACAAACUGCCGUGAAGCGCAAAGCAGCAGCGGUGGAGCACCCGCGAGUACUUGUCAAGCCCAAGGUAUCGCAUACUCCUCCUGCGCCGACAAAGAAAUCCGAAGCGACGACAAGCAAGGCGCCCGCCACUGCAAUGAACCAAUCGACGACUACUAAGACGAAACGUAUGCCACGGUAUGUGAUCAGUGUGAGCGGGGCCAACCUGGACACGCGACUGGUCUUGGAAAGCUCCAUGCGCGAAAUCGAUGCCUCCAGUCCUGGCGAUGGCAAGAGUCGAAUUGUGGACGAGUUUGGAGCUGCUGCGGCCGUGACCCACGUCGUAGUGUCGGACAAGUCGAAGCGAACGAUGAAAGUGCUGUUUGGGCUGGCCACGGGUGCGUACAUUGUAUCGGACGCGUGGGUAUUUUCGUCGCUGGAAGCCAAGAUGUGGCUGGAUGAGUCGCCUUUCUUGAUGACAGAGUACCCAGCAGUGUCCAAGAAGAAAACCCCGCCAAAUUUGCUCGACGGCAUCAAGAUUUACGUGGCCAGCGGCCUCGACCCGCCCAAAGCGACCCUCCAAGCGUUGAUUCUGGCUGCCGGAGGCCAUCCGUGCUCGCAAAUGGCACUGGCAGAUGUGUGCAUGGGCGUGGAGCCUGCAGUCGGGCGACGGGCAUCGCUGGCUGGGCUUCCCAUGGUCUCGCCCAAGUGGCUGUUUGACAGUUUGGCCAGUGGCGUACUCGGACAGAUGGACCACCACCACCCUGUUGUGACCGACUCCUAA